ACCCAACAUUAAAGUUGUCCUGCCCUAUUGAGAAUUUUAUUCCCUUCUUUCUUCUCUGCAUCAUUUUUUUGCUUUAGCAAAAAAUGGCUGUGACUACCAUUAGCAAUGAGUUCAGUUGCCCAAUUCCUCCUGCUAGGCUUUUCAAGGCUGCAAUCCUUGAUGCACACAACCUACUUCCCAAGAUCGUUCCUGACAAGAUCAAUGGCCCUUUUGACUUCAUCAAGCAUCAGAUCAACGAAGUUGAUGAACAAAAUUUUAAGUGCAAGUUUACUUUAAUCGAAGGUGCUGUAAUAGGGGAAAAGAUUGAAAAGGUUGUUGAUACAGUUCAGUUCAUGGCCUCUGCAGAUGGGGGAUCCAUCAUUAAGGCUACUUCUGAGUUUUACACUAUUGGUGACUACACGAUGGGUGAAGAAGAAAUCCAGAUGGGCAAGGACAUGGCCGUUGGAACAUUCAAGAUGGUGGAAGGUUACCUAUUGCAGAACCCAGAUGCCUAUGCUUAAAGAGUCUCUUUAGUUAGCCUACGACAUUAAUAAAGCUAUUAUGGCUCAAUAUCAAAAGUCAUCCAUUGUGUUUGUUUCCCUUCUUUAUUUGGUGGGGACUUACUAAGGAUUUUGUUGUGCUUGAUAACUAAAUAAAUGGGAAUUUGUUAGAAA